AUGUACAAAGACAACCUCGCACCCUCAGACUCCGCGCUGUCCACACCGACGACGCCGAGCGAGGUGAAGAGUACUCGAUACCGAGACCCACGCUAUAAGAAACUGCUCGCGGCCAUGGAUGUCUUCAUGGAUCCUCAGCCCGAUCAUGGGAUCACGGUUGAGAGCAAAACUUGUUACAUGGCGUUGCUUACUUCCGAGCAAACAGUUCCAACCGACUCCCUAUUUCGAGACGACCGGUUUGAGGAAACAUGCCGGAAAGUGGCAAACAAGAAUGAGGCGAGAGUAUUGCGGGACAUUUCGCCUCUAAUCGUUCCAUCGGCGGAAAAUCUCGCUACAUGCGGCUCCGCCGGCCUCGGGUGUUUGGUUGAGAGUGUCAAUGAGCCAUGGAGUAGUUCGAUCCCCAUAAUCACCCCUCGGCCGCAACCAGACUAUUCCGUCGGCUUUCUGCAAACCGCCUUCACCAGCGAACAACUCGCCAAGCUGAAGCCGUUUGUUGGCGAUCCCUUCGAUGGCGACCAAUCCUUCUUUAUGGCUACAAAAGACAUGUACUUCCCCUUCCUCACCUAUGAGGUAAAGUGCGGGCUUAGAUCAUCCGACUUGGACGUUGCGGACUGCCAGAACGCCCACAGCAUGGCUCUCGCGGCACGCGGAAUCGUCAAGCUCUUCCGUAAUGUAGGGCGGGAGAACGAGGUCCACCGACAAAUUGUUUCGUUCUCCGUCUCACACGACCAUCACUUCGUUUGGCUCGACGGCUACUAUCCGGUCAUUGAUGGAAAGAACACCAGAUAUUACCGCCACCCCAUUUAUGAAUUUAGCUUCACAACCAUGGAUGGUAAGGAGAAGUGGACGGCAUACCGGUUUGUCAAGAAUAUUUACGACAAAUGGAUGCCUGACCACUUCAAGAGAAUCUGCUCGGCCAUCGACCAGUUGCCCGACCUGGACCUUGAGGUCCCAGCACUUUCCAAUCCGAACGGCUUGUCCGAGGACCUUGGAAAUCAAGUGCAAUUGUCGGAGGCCGACUCCGAGUCGCCGAUUCGCAUGGAUAGGGACACAAUGCCGGCGCCUGCCAAGAAAAGGAGGGAGAAGUCCGGCUAA